AUGAUGCUAAUAAUAGAAAGGCCCUCCAGUAUUCUCCUGCUCUUGGGUUUUCUGUUAGUGCAGUCAUGCACGCUUGAGUCAGCCCAAUCUUCACCCAACUUUACCGACCAAUCAUCUCUCCUUGCCUUCAAUUCUAAAAUUACUUCCGGUCCAAACGAAACUGUCUUGGCUGGUAACUGGUCCACAACUACAAACUUCUGCGAUUGGAUUGGGGUUUCAUGUAGCAGACGAAGGCAAAGAGUCAUUGCUUUGGACCUUUCCUACAUGGGUCUCCAAGGCACCAUUUCUCCUCAUAUUGGUAACCUCUCUUUCCUAGUUUAUCUCAAUCUACGCAACAAUAGCUUUUUUGGUUCUCUGCCUCAUGAGAUCAGUCACCUACAUCGCUUGAGAAUACUCCAGCUGUCAUCCAACCUGUUGGAAGGUAGCAUCCCUCCAACUUUGCAUAAUUGUCAGAAUCUUCAAGAAAUACAUCUAAUGAGUAACCAUCUUACGGGCGCAAUUCCAUCAACCCUCGCCAACAUGUCUAUGUUAGAGGUCUUGAAUUUGCAAUACAACAGCCUCACUGGUCCACUUCCUCUUGUCAUCUUUAACAUAUCCUCUCUUACCAUAAUUGCUCUUUCAGAAAAUCACAUCUCAGGUACUCUUCCAAUGGAUCUCUGCAUCCGUUGUCCUAAACUUCUUGGGCUUCAUCUUUCACACAACAAAUUCAGUGGCCAGCUCCCUUCACAAGUGAACAACUGUAGAGAGCUUGUAGUAUUAUCUCUGUCAUACAAUAAAUUUGGUGGGAAUAUUCCAAAAGGUAUUGGAAGUUUAGAAAAGCUUGAAUUGCUAGAUCUUAGAAUUAAUUACUUAACCGGUAAUAUACCUCCUACCUUAAGUAACUUGUCGAGGCUACACGUGUUCGACAUUACAGUUAACAAUAUUAAUGGAAGCAUUCCCAGUGAUUUAUGGCGUCUUCCGAAUCUGUCGAUAUUGAAUUUUGGAUUCAAUUAUCUCGUAGGGGAAAUCCCCAAAAACCUUUUCAACAUUUCCUCCCUACAAGAAAUAUGCUUACUAAGUAAUUUCCUAUCUGGCAAUCUUCCAUCAAAUAUUGGGCUUUCUUGCCCAAAUCUUGAAACUUUGAUGUUUGGUCGAAACAAAUUUAGUGGUCUUAUCCCAUCGUUGCUUUCAAAUUGUUCCAAGCUUGUUGUAGUAGAUUUUAGUAACAACUUUCUCUCUGGACCAAUACCCACAAGUCUUGGAAACUUAAAACAUCUCCAAAAGCUUCGUCUUGAUAUCAAUCAGUUAAUAGGGAAGCCAGAAGAUCAAGAAUUUAGCUUCCUUUCAUCCUUAUCUAAUUGUAGAUUUUUGGAAGAACUGUCCAUAUCCUACAAUCCCUUGGAUAUUACUCUUCCGAAUUCCAUUGGAAAUUACUCUGAUUCCCUCCACUCCAUUUAUGCAUUCCAAAGCCAAAUAAAGGGUCACAUUCCUAUGGGAAUCGGUUCCUUGAAAGGCUUGACCUCGCUUGUUUUGGGCCAUAACAAUUUGACCGGAAACGUACCGUCGACAAUUGGAGGGUUGGAGGCGUUACAAAGACUAUGUCUUUUGGAUAAUAAAAUUGAAGGAUUUAUUCCAGAAGAUAUAUGUCAGUUAAAGAACUUAGGCGAGUUAGAUCUCUCAAACAACAAAAUUUCUGGAUCCAUCCCAAAUUGCAUUUCAAACCUCAAUCAUCUGCAAAGGCUAUACCUGAAUUCUAAUAGGCUAGAAUCACCAAUACCAUUUAAUAUAUGGAGCCUUGAAAAUCUGUUGUUUUUGAACCUAUCAUCCAAUUUCCUUGGUGGAUAUUUGUCUCCAAACAUGAAAAAAUUGGAUGUUAUUGAAUAUGUGGAUUUAUCUCAUAACGAAAUUACUGGAGAUAUUCCAAGCAUCAUUGGAGCUUUUGAAAGCCUAAGUUAUCUUGAUUUGUCAAGAAACUCGUUUCAAAGAGACAUUCCAAAAUCUUUUGGAGACUUGAAAGGAUUGGAUAUCUUAGACCUCUCAUAUAAUAAUCUCUCUAGUACAAUUCCUAAGUCUCUUGAGGCACUUUCACAUCUCAAGUAUUUGAACGUGUCUUUCAACAAGCUAUCUGGAGAAAUUCCAUCUACUGGGCCUUUUGCAAACUUCACAGCUAAAUCAUUUUCAGGAAACAGAGCACUUUGUGGGAAUUCAAUUUUUCAGGUUCCACCUUGUCCAAGCCCAGGCUCCAAAGGAUCAAUGGUGAAACAAAGUCCGCUUAAAUAUUUUCUUCCUAAUAUUGGUUCAGUUAUAAUUUGUCUAGCAUUGGUUUAUAUGCUGAGAAGACACCGAGAAAGUAAAACACAGCUUCCAAGUUUCUUUGAUACAUUGCAUCCAUUGGAACAUAAAAUGAUAUCAUAUCAAGAGCUAUGCCAAGGAACAAAUAACUUUUGUGAAAGCAACUUGCUUGGAGCUGGAGGUUUUGGUUUUGUGUACAAAGGGAUGCUAUUUGACGGGACAAUUGUUGCUGUUAAAGUUCUAAAUUUGCAACUGUCGGGUGCUUUCAAAAGUUUCGAUGUUGAAUGCAAGGUCUUACAAGCAAUCCGACAUAGGAAUCUUGUUAAGGUUAUAAGUACAUGCUCCAACCUCGAGUUCAAAGCUUUAGUACUGCAAUACAUGUCGAACGGUAGCCUUGAAAGGUGGUUGUACUCUUAUAACUACUGCUUGAAUCUUAUUCAAAAAGUAAACAUUAUGGUUGAUGUUGCAUCAGCAUUAGACUAUCUCCACCACGGUCAAUCAGAAUCUGUGGUACACUGUGAUUUGAAGCCUUCCAAUAUCCUUCUGGAUGAGGACAUGAUUGCACACGUGGGUGAUUUUGGCAUUGCAAAGAUUUUGGUCGAAAACGAGGAUGCUACACAAACCCAAUUUCUUGGUACACUUGGUUACAUCGCACCAGAGUAUGGGUUUCAAGGAAAAGCGUCCAUCAAAGGCGACAUUUAUAGCUACGGUAUAAUAUUGCUGGAGAUGAUCUCAAGGAAGAAACCUACCAACGACAUGUUUGUAGGAGAAUUAACUUUGAGGCAAUGGAUAAAUAUGUCAUUUCCUGACAGAAUGAUGGAAGUUGUUGAUGAAGGUUUAUUGAAAACAGAAAAUGGAAGGGAUGUAACUGUCAUGCAAAAUGUUCUUUCAUCCGUCAUAGAAUUGGGCUCAAUGUGUUCUAAAGAGUUACCAAAUAAAAGAGUCAAUAUCAGAAAUGUGCUUUCCAAGCUUAAAAAAAUCAAACGAACACUUUUUGAAAACAAAAAUGUAGUGUCUGAUAUCUUUGAUCUUUGA